AUGAAUUGGAAUGUUUUGAAGGAAUUAUCACCAGAUAAUCAAAUUUUUAUCAGAAGGUCAAGUCUUGCUUUCUUUCAUGAGGAAAGUGUGCUGCUUGGGAGUAUAGAAAGCAUGGAUAUGAUAAUGGCCGAAAAUGAUUAUAAGUGGGUACUUCUUAUCUCUGCAAAAAUUGAAGAUAUCCAAGCAUUGGAAAACUUACAACGUAUGUACAAGGAAGAACUUAAACAAAAAAAUGAACUGGAACAUUUGAAGGAAUUGUCUCCAAAUACAAAAUUUGAAGCCGAAAUGCGGCGUGAAAAAGGAAAAUUCGAAUGGACAAGUUACCUGGAUAAGGAAAAGGAUACAAACUCUGCGUCGAGACGAAUUGAAAUCAAUAUCCUUGAAUGA